CCGAGAAUUGAGCUGGUCUGAUUCUUAGAACUGGGCUUCUUAGAAGUGGUGAUGCAAGAAGUUUCUAGGAAAGCGCUACCAGAAGUCGGCAGGAUGUCUUGCUUGACCGACAGCUGCAUCCAGUUCACGCGUCACGCCAGCGACGUCUUGCUCAAUCUGAACCGCCUCCGCAGCCGGGACAUCCUCACCGACGUUACCAUCCUGGUCAGCAGGCAGGCACAAAAGACCGUCCUCAUGGCUUGCAGCGGGCUCUUCUACACCAUCUUCACUGACUCGCACAAGUGCAACCUCAACGCCAUCAGCCUGGACCCCAAGGUGGACCCGGAGGGCUUUGCCAUCCUGCUGGAGUUCAUGUACACCUCCAGGCUGGCUCUCAGGGAGAGUCUGAUCAUGGCCAUUAUGAACACUGCCGUCUACCUGCAGAUGGACCACGUGGUGGACACCUGCCACCGCUUCAUCAAGUCCAGCGAGCCCAACGGGAAGCUUCCCAGAGAUGAAUUCCUGGUGAGCCCGCUUGUUCUGCCCCAGGACGUCCACGCAUACCGCCCCCACGAGGUGGUGGAUGCCUUGCACGGCCGCGUGGCCCCCUUCAGGGACGCGCGGCCGACGUACAGCUCCGGCAUGCUCAACGGCGUCGGCACGCCCGGCAACUACCAUCUCUACGGGCAGUUCCCCAUGCCGGGGUUCCCCUUCCCUCUCUGCAAGCUGACUGAUGCCAAGAACGCAUUCGGCGACCUGUCACGGAGCAGCAUCCACCACAAGCACGCGCACGAUGCCGCCGCCAUCAGCAGGGCCGAGUACGCUCGGGCGGUGGGCUCCUCCGGCGUCCUACACGCUGCAAACUUUGCCCCCAGGGAGUUGGGGCGGGAGGACGAGGUGAAGAAGGAAAGCAACGAGGCGCUCGGGCUACCGCUGGGCUUGGGCGGGAGGAAGCGGGUCUACCCGGUCAUGACCCUGGACCACCACAAAGACAAAGAGCACGCCCCGCCAGCCGAAGAAGACCUGAUCCAUCACCACUACCCGCUCGGGAUCUCCUCCACUGGCCGCAAGAGUCUCAUGAGUAGCCCGCAGAGCCCCCUUAAGUCCGACUGCCAGCCCAACUCCCCGACAGAGUCCAGCAGUAGCAAGAACGCCGGCCUGUCGCAGGCCGCCUCCGGAGCGCAGCAGCCGGGGGCGGGAACCCAGGACCCCAAAGCUCGCAACUGGAAGAAGUACAAAUUCAUCGUGCUCAACCAGAGCGCCAGGGAGGACGAGGCCGGUCUGCGCAACCCCGGCCUGUGCUCGCCUCAGCGCGUAGGCCUGCAGGCGUAUCUCCACCCGGGAGACUCCGACAACUUGGAGGCGCAAAGCACAAGGAAGAGCGUGGAGGAUCAUCCAGUGCCGCAGACCAGCCGACUCAACAACAUCAUCAGCAGUGCGCUGGAUGGGUCGCUGAGAAACGCAGAGGGCCAGCACCCAACACGGUACCUGACUCGCCUCAACUGCUCGUCGUGCGGCGCCCAGUCCCCGCAGCAUUCUGAGAUCUGCCCUUCCCGGGCGCGGCUGGGCGAGGACCUGGUCGAUAUGCGCUCAGAGUACUCCGACUCCAGUUGCGAAAACGGCAGCUUCUUCUGCAACGAGUGUGACUCCAAGUUUGCCGAGGAGGAAUCUCUGAAGCAGCACGCGCUCCAAGUCCACAGCGACAAGCCCUACAAGUGCGACCGAUGCCAGGCCGCCUUCCGCUACAAGGGCAAUCUCGCCAGCCACAAGACCGUCCAUACGGGAGAGAAGCCGUACCGCUGCAACAUCUGUGGUGCUCAGUUCAACCGACCAGCCAACCUCAAGACUCACACUCGCAUCCACUCAGGAGAGAAGCCAUACAAAUGUGAGACGUGCGGUGCUCGCUUUGUACAGGUCGCCCACCUCCGAGCCCACGUGUUAAUCCACACGGGCGAGAAGCCGUACCCCUGCGAGAUCUGCGGGACGCGCUUCCGCCACCUGCAGACCCUGAAGAGCCACCUGCGCAUACAUACAGGCGAGAAGCCCUACCACUGUGAGAAAUGCAAUUUGCACUUCCGCCACAAGAGUCAGCUGCGUCUUCAUUUGCGACAGAAGCACGGCGCCAUCACCAACACCAAAAUCCAGUACCGCAUUUCCACUGACACCAUGCCCACAGACCUCACCAAGGCCUGUUGAAAUGGACAACGCCAUGGUGGACAGCUCCAACACCCCCCACCCCCCAUUCCAACGGCUCCCUUUCGACGUGUACAAUCAUCCUAAAACGCUAUUGGCCACACUGUGUUCGUUGGACUAAUCACAAUGGCGGUGUUUUUAUUGUGUGGGUUUUUUUUUUGGGGGGGGGGGGGGUCAAAACACAGGUUUUCGUUUUGUUUAGAUUGCAUUCCGAUUUUAUUUGGUGUGAGCGGUCGUCGUGAUCUCCACAGGGGCCAAACGUUUGUGUCACAUUCUACAAUUUUGAUAAAGUGAGAGCAAAUUUUGCAUCGAUGUCAUUUGACUAGUCAAAACUAGUCCAAUGGGUUUUUUUUGGUUCAUUUUUGUUUGUGCGAUUUGAAAUUUUGCACAUUAAGAGCAGUUCUUGAGCUCUAUGCAGGCCAAAAAUGUUUUUCAUUUUUGAUUAGGUGACAAUAAAUUUCACUUGCCAAUGUUUUUACGCAGAGAAGGGAUUUUUUUUUUUUUUUAAAUUCGGAUGACAGUUAAAAAAAAAAAAAUGUGAGCCUGUGCAACAGAUUUCACUAUCCGUUAUUUAUAGCUGACAUUUCAGGAAAAAAAAAUCCACCUGUUGCAGUAAUUCAUACAUUACAAAUUAUUAUUAUUUUUAUGAAAACCUGACAUGCUAAACCAAAAAGAGGGCAGAUUUGUAAUCAGUGCCAA